UAGCAGUGAUCGCAGAAACCACAGACCCUUGACUUUUAGAAGUAAAGUUUCUUGCCUUCAUUAGUCGCGUCACUCACCUCUCAUGACUUCAAACACAAGAGCCAUUAUCUCUCAUAGCCAUCCACAGUGACUCAUUGACUAGAAUACUGAACAGAAGGCUUUCGCGCACCUAGGUAAAUGUCCAACCCAUCGAGUCCUUCUGGCUUAUAAUUCAUAUAGCAAGCAGGCUAACAUUGCGCCCUUCCCACAGAGACUAAGAAACAAAGUCAUCCAAAGCAGAAUGGCCAGUCAGAAGAAUAAGGAAAAAAAGCCGAUAAGGGGCAGUCGCACCACACCUCCUUCUAUGACAAAAGGCAAACGUGCAUUCAGAAGUCCAUCCGAUGCACCACAAGCCAGCUCCUGGUGGGACGGCGACCAAAAGAAUAGUGAGCCUGAUAGAAUGACACCCGAGACUUCCGAAUAUGGAGCGCCUCCACGCGCACCAUCCGAUGUGAGAGCCGAGCUCAAACGCCUGCAAGAUGAAAUUGUCCUAAAGGCACAUCUAAACCUAGAUCGCAUCGACGAUCACGAGCAGGUAGCUAGCCCCGAGUUGCUUGCCGAGUGGAGGAAUGGACCAGGAACAGACCCUGAAUCCGCUCGGUACAAGUUUCUCAUGCAACGCCGCGGUGCCGGUAGAAUUGAGGCGGAUCUCAGACCUCUAGCGCCACCCCCAGUUGAUCCCGCUUUACUCGUGGAAGAAGAGGAGACAGGAGAGAAUGCUUGGCGCUCCGGCAUCACUAGGGACGAUCCGGUUUUCAAAGCUCAGUUUGCGGCGCAGUUCCCCCCAUACAGAGAGUCCGAGUCGACCUACCCUAGACUGGUUGAAGGCAAAAUUAUUUUGACAUCAGAGCCCAGCGAGGAGCAGAAAGCAUUGAAGGAGAAGAACUCCAAGCGUGACAAGGUAGUUCCGGUGUCUUUUGAUGACUCCCAGUUGUUGCUUGCGCGCUGGGAUUAUGCCCCUCGAGUAGACGCCGACCAGUCGCAGUGGCGGCGCUCCUUUGAGUCUUGGCUACAGAGAGCGCUUGACUCAUCUCGCGUGGUAGAUGUCAAUCGCGACGCAUUUUUCACCGGGCAGGCUUUGCCAGACGGUACACACGAGAUGUACAAACCAAACUGGUCGUAUGAUUGGACUUGGCCUGACCCCACCGACGAAGAAGGACGUCUGCAUCAACAUGAGACUAGCCAGGGAUAUGUUGACAAUAGGCUGGCCCGGAUCAAAGAAGAUAGGGAAGUGGAAGCACGUCUAGCUCAUGAGCGCUGGCUAGCCGACGUCGAGUUCUACAAGCGUUACCCGAAGCCCGGAGAGACGAGACAAGAUUUGUACCUGCGUCCAGUCGAAGACAGCGAUGUUGAGCAGCUCGCGCGCAUUUUUAGCUGGUUUUCCGAAAAUUCCCCAAUGAGCAUAGAUAUCGGGGUCAUAAAUGAGGAAAUCGUCCGGAACCGCAUUGCAGAUAUCAAGAAAUACCGACUGCCAUUCAUCGUGGCCGUGGAACGUCCUACGCCGGGCGAGGAUGCAGAUACCCCCAGCAAGAUCCUGGGAUUUGCGCUUGCCAUCGACCAUGACGGACCGUGGACUACAGGCCAGUUCGCGGUCAAGCUCGAGUUCUAUAUGAUGCCAAGGGAGCAACAGCACGGGGUCGGAACCUGCCUGAUGGACAAAAUGCUCUCGGUAUUGGACGACAGGUACGUACCCAAACGUGGAUACCAUUUCCGCUGCUCGCAGGAGGACGACAAGGCCUACCGUCCGGGCGGUCUGCGUGACAUGGCUCGAGUCAUCGUGACAUGCAGUUUCCCUUGGUCGGAGCGUGAUUGUUACCAGUACAUCCGCACCUGGCUCCAGCGGAAGUGGGAUUUCACCGAGCAAGGCCACCUGCGUGGGACACGCCAAGGGGUACAAACCAGUCUUGAUGUGAUCUAUUUGGUUCGCAAUCUGGGCUGAAAUGAUCAUUGUCGACAUUGCGAGUCGCCAUAUUUCGCCGACCAACAAACCUCUCUCGUGGACUGGCUCCGUCUUUAUCACUUGCCAUAUGACUUGCCCCCCAGGCUGAUGCUCCCCUUGUCCUUUGAUGGUAUUACCAGCUCCUUCCUGGACUAGAAGGCUGGAUCAAUUUGUUGUUGCCACAGUACGCGGUCAGAAGCAAAAAUCUCAGACAAAACACAGAAUGGAUGCUAAUAUGUGGGAAAUUGAAAAUAUUGCGAUCCAGAGCCUACCUCUAUCAUCGCAGGCUCCGAGGUUCCGUAGAGAAGCUUAGAUCAGAGUCAAUUGUAUGCCCACCAGCCUCUGUAACC